CCACAAGUGUCUGGGUUCCAGCGCAGCAGUAAACAUCAGGAAGGGGAGAAAAAAAUUACAGGAGGGUGAUAAAUGAACCGCAAAAUGCGCCCCGCUGUUAUAAUCAGCUGUUUUCUAAUGAACACCAUCAUUCAGACAGGUGCAGCAGCUGUAGUCAAAACCCAGCAGACUGUAUCAACAGCAGUGGGUGAAGAUGCUCCUCUCAGCUGUCAGCUCCUGGGAACCAAAGGUGUCCAGCAGGUCACCUGGCAGAAGGACUUUGGGAACAAAGAGAGGAAUAUCUGCUCCUACAGCGAGUAUUUUGGUCAAACAGUGAAUCCUGACUUUAAAGAUAAAGUCCAGUUUACAGAAGCUGGACUGAAGAAUUCCUCCAUAGUUAUCAGGAAUGUUACAGAGCAGGAUGAAGGAUAUUAUUUCUGCUUGUUCAACAUCUACCCUGAUGUAGCUCUGAUAGGGAGAACCUGCCUGAAUGUUUAUGAGCUGCAUGAACCCAUCCUUGAUGUCAGCAGAUCAAAGUCUCCUGCAGAGUCAGUUGUGUCCUGUUCAGCCACAGGUCGACCUGCUCCCACUGUAACACUGACUGUUCUACAGCAGAACCUCAGCUUCUCCCACUACAACAGCAGCAGUGUGACCCACAGCAACGGUACAGUCACCGUCACCACCACAGCUCUGCUGUCAGCUUCCAGCAGCACACAGGUUGGAUGUUCAGUGUCAGUGCUCUCUGCUGCUCCCAGAGAGAAGCUGAUCACCGUUCCUGGAGUUAAAGGAACAUCUGAUGAUGGUUUAGAAAAACAAUCAGAAUCCUCUCUCAGAGAUUCCAGAUGGCCUUUAAUUUUUCCAUUCCUGAUGCUGAUGAUGGUUAUCAUUGGUAUUUUCCUGCGUCGUUUUCAGCAAAGUAAUGACUUCAACUCGCCACGAUGCCACAUGGAGCAACUUUGUGUAAUUUUCUUAAUUUUAAACUGUGGAGCAUCACAGCUGAAAGGUGCAGCAGUUGUGGUCCAAACCCAGCUGAAUGUCUUAGCAGCAGAGGGUGUAGAUGCUCCUCUCAGCUGUCAGCUCCUGGAAACUAAAGGUGUCCUGCAGGUCACCUGGCAGAGGGUCUUUGGGAGCAAAGAGAGGAAUAUCUGCUCCUAUAGCGAGCAUUUUGGUCAAACAGUGAAUCCUGACUUUAAAGAUAAAGUCCAGUUUAUAGAAGCUGGACUGAAGAAUUCCUCCAUAGUUAUCAGGAAGGUUACAGAGAAGGAUGAAGGAUGUUAUCUCUGUUUGUUCAACAUUUACCCUGAUGGAGCUCUGAUAGGGAGAACCUGCCUGAAUGUUUAUGAGCUGCAUGAACCCAUCCUUGAUGUCAGCAGAUCAGAGUCUCCUGCAGAAUCAGUUGUGUCCUGUUCAGCCACAGGUCGACCUGCUCCCACUGUAACACUGACUGUUCUACAGCAGAACCUCAGCUUCUCCCACUACAACAGCAGCAGUGUGACCCACAGCAACGGUACAGUCACCGUCACCACCACAGCUCUGCUGUCAGCUUUCAGCAGCACACAGGUUGGAUGUUCAGUGUCAGUGCUCUCUGCUGCUCCCAGAGAGAAGCUGAUCAUUGUUCCUGGAUUUAAAGAAACAUCUGAUGAUGGUUUAAAAGAAAAGUCUGUGGAUUUAGACCCGAGGGAAGAGUCUGUAGAUCAGAAUUUCAACUGGAUCUACGCAGUGGUUGUGGUAACUCUGGCCUGUUCUUGUUGUCUCGCAAUCUUCACCUACUGGAGAUAUAAAACUUAUAAAAACAGGGGCCCCGAGCAGAACAAAACACCAUUAAGAACAACCCCUAAGGAAGGGGCUUCUGCUAAAGUGGUCAAAACACCUUUACUGACGUUGAUGAAUGAGUGUAGACAGAGAACAUCUACCAAGAAAAGUCCAGAAAACAAUAGAGCCAAAGCAUCACCUUCAUAUGCUCCAAAAAGGUUGUUUUCUGAUGAGUCUGACAAUUUAACAUGAGAGUAGAAGACCCUGUUGGUUAUGUUUGGUCUAAAUUAGGGUUCUGUUUUAUUUGAUAAACCAAACACUGAUAUGUAGGUGAAACUGUCUGUAUAUUUCUCUAUCUGUGUUUCUGUGAGGAACUAAUCUCUGACUGUCAUUUUUUUCUCAUAAUUCAUGAACAAUUAUUUUUUUACAGUAGGGGACAGAAAUAUAUUUUAUAUUGAUAAUUUCCAUGUUCUUGUUAAACUGCUUUAAAAUGUAUUGAUUUAUCUGUUUAAACUAUAAAGAUGAUUUUUCUUG